CGAAGACACGGCGGUAUAUUUGAUUAUUACCUGCCCAGCUGCGCCACGCACUCAAAUCCACACCACUCUCGAUGCUGAUCUCAAAGGCCAGACCGCGGAUGAAGGCUACGAACUUUUCGAAGAAGCUCAAAAUGAAUCGACGAGUUAUAGCGUUGAAGCUACGGAAGCAGUUCGACGAAAGAUUGACCUGCAUCUACUGCCAUUGGUGUGCAUUCUAUACGGACUCAAUUAUGUAGACAAAGUGGCAAUGGGAUGGGCUGUACUCUUCAACUUUCGGGACGAUCUAGGACUCCACGGAACUCAAUACUCUUAGGCAAGCAGUAUGUUUUACUUCGGAUACUUGGCUGCUCAGUAUCCUGCAAAUUAUCUUCUUCAACGGUACAAAACUGCGAGGAUUUUGAGCAUCGCAGUUAUUGCUUGGGGAGCGCUGAUGCUUGCGCAUCUUGGACUGAAGAACUUCGCCGGGCUCAUGGUUGUCCGUUUCUUGCUUGGCGUCUCUGAGUCUGUUGUGUCCCCGGGCUUCGUACUCUAUACCUCCAUGUUCUACACCCGUCGAGAACAAGUCCUUCGCACAAUGCUUUGGGCAGCCAUGCAAGGUAGUUUCUCCAUCGUUGCCUCGCUUCUUUCAUACGGACUAGGGCAUAUAACCAAUACUGCUCUAAAACCGUGGAUGUACAUCUUCCUUGUACUUGGGUUACUCAGUAUCUUGACCGGUCUUGGUUGGUUGUUUUUCAUGCCAGAAACUCCCAACAAAGCCAAAUUUCUGUCCCACGAAGAGAAGAUUAUUGCAGUACAGAGAGUUGCGGAGAACAUGAUGGGUGUGAAGGGAUACGAGUGGAAGUAUUACCAAAUGUGGCACGCUGUCAAAGAUCCCAAGACCUGGCUACUCCUUGCUUUCGUGUUCUUCACUCAGCUACCGAAUGGCGGAUUGACAAGCUUCGGAUCUCUGGUUGUAUCCGGUUUUGGAUUCGACAGCUUCAAGACUCUUUUGAUUGGCCUGCCUUCGUCCGUUGUAAGUGCAGGAAGCAUGAUCGUAUGGGGAUACUUCUCCAUGAAACAUGGCAAUCUGAGGACUUGGGGCAUGAUCGUUCCUCUGCUUCCCGCGAUAGCAGGAAUUGGAGCUGUCUAUGGAACUGAAGGUACUGGAACGAACAAAUACGGUCGUGUUGUAGCUUAUUGGCUCAUCAACUCGUAUGCUGUUACUUGGCCAUUUUGUCUGACCAUCAUUGGCCAAAAUAUCUCUGGUCACACAAAGCGUGCUACUACAAACAUCAUGCUCUUCAUGAUUUUCGCUGCAGCUAAUAUUGGAGGUCCAUUCUUCUUCCGCUCUCAAGAUGCGCCAAAGUAUGUCUUAGCCAUCACGAUCAUUUUAGUGUGUUUCUGUGCAGCUUUGCUCUGCGGUAUCGGGCUUCGAGUGUAUAUGAGCAUGGAGAAUAAGAAGCGGGAUCGCCAAUUCGGGGAACUUCAGACUACCGAGGAGAAGCUGGAGGGAAUGAGAUUCGGUAUGCAUGACAAGACUGAGCUAGAAAAUGUAGAUUUCAGAUACGUGCUUUAG